AUGACCGAUUAUUCGAAAUGGAAGGUCACCGACCUCAAAGCCGAGCUCAAACGCCGUGGCAUCGCGCAAACUGGCCUCAGAGUCAAACAACAGUUCAUUGACCGACUCGUGGAGGAUGAUUCGAAAGGCGAACCUGAAGCGACCAAGGUAGAGCCUGCGCCUGUGCAAGAGCCGGUGCAGGACACCUCGCACCCCGCCGAAAGUGAACCACUUGCCGAAGGAACGGCCCCAGUCGCCGCACCCCAGAUUCAAGAGCAGAAGCCCACGGAGCCAGCCCAGACACAGGAACAACCCGAAAAACAGGUACAAAAUGGUACUAGCGUUGCGUCAGAACAGGAGCGUCCAGCGCAGCCCCCGGUCGAGGACCAACCCGCGGAGCCCGCCCAGCCUGCGGAACCUGAACCGCCCACUGAAGGAGCCAAGGGAGAAGCGGACAAUGCACAGCCCAUUGAGUCUAGCGACAACCAGGUACCUCCAGCGACCAAGCCCCAGACCGACGCCACUAUACAACCGGAUGAGCAGGCUCCCGACGCAGCAGCGCAAGAGGCCAGCCCUGUCGAUACGGAGAGCACUAAACCCGUGGAAACCGAACCGACAAACAAGAAUGUCGUGCCCGCUCCGAUAUCAGAUGUGAACACCGCCUUAUCCACACCGCUCCCGCCGGAGGAGGUGCUCGAGGACCAGAGGAAACGGAAACGUCGCAGUCAGAGUCCUGUUCCGACAGUCGAGGCCAUAGCCAAUAAGAAGAUCAAAGCCCAGGAUGAAGCUCCCAAGGUAGUCUUACCCGAAGAUAAAGGUGAGAUGGAGGUUGAUGGCAACGCACAGCAAGAGGCGUCUGUUCAGGAACCAUCCGAGGAGCAGUCUGCGCAGGAACCUCAGGAACCAGGUACACCUGACGAGUCCAAAGCGAGGAAGGAACAACCGUCGAAGCAGGACGUUCGCUUCAAGGAACUCUUCGCCACUAACGAGCCCGGUCAACCCCGCCCUGUAUCCCCUCCCCCGGACGUUGACAUGGAAGCAGAAGUGGAACCUGCGCAGCAUGUGGCUACCCCUGCCCUCUACGUGGACGGACUGAUGCGCCCGCUGCAACCAACAGCCCUCCGGAACCAUCUGGUUAGUCUCGCAUGCCCUCCCGGGGAUUCGCCGAACCCAGAGGUGAUUCUAGAUUUCUACCUGGACCCGAUCAAAACACACUGCUUUGUCAGUUUCACCAAUGUGUCGGCAGCAUCGCGCGUCCGCGCUGCUCUUCAUAACACCGUUUGGCCCAAUGAACGCAAUCGCAAAAGCCUCUUUGUGGACUUUAUUCCCGAAGGGAAGCUUCCAGAGUGGAUUGACAAAGAGGAGACUGCCCGCAAACGCAGCGGACCCCCACCCCGUUUCGAAGUGAAGUAUGACCACAGCGAUGAUGGGGUAGAGGCGAUUCUCCAGGAGGUUGGAGCUCGAAGUGCCUCUGGCCGUGCUCCGGAUCCUAGUGACUUCUCUCGCCCUCCACCGGUUGGACCCAGGGCAGAUAUCGCCGCGAAAGAUCGACGUCCCAGUCACCAACCGGCACCUACUUCGGAGAGACCACCGCAAUCUGGCCAGGGUUUCAAGCCCCUCGAUGAACUGUUCAUGUCGACCACUACCAAGCCGAAACUGUACUAUCUUCCUGUCCCUCGGAACGUGGCGGAUCGUCGACUCGAUCGAUUUGAUGAUCUACUCAGCAAAGGAUCGUUUCCCCGCCGGGGAGGGGACGAACUGCGACGCAUCACCUUUGAAGAUGACGAUCUGUUCAUCGACAACGGGCCAGAUUUUGGUGGUCGUCGACGAGGUGGAGGAGGGGGAGGAGGACGAGGCCGUGGCCGCGGAGGCUUCGGAGAUUCGUGGCGGGACGAUCGCAGUGGGCGACAUUGA